AUGGAGAGGAAUUAUCCCGCUUCAGGCUUCGGAGAUCUAGGGGCUGGGACGGGAUGGAGUUACGACAGAUCAGCCAAAGCAAGCCUUGUGUAUGGGAGCUCCAGGUCAUCUCACCCAGACUCAGAGCUGCUCCACCGGCAGGCCUAUGGCACCCCACACCCCCUCCAGGGCUAUGCAACCAACCACCACCCAGGAAGUUCCAGACAGGGCGGGGCCUGGGGUGCUGCUGGACGCACACUUGGCCUGUCAGGGCUGUUCGAUGCCAGCCUCCACCAUGCAAGCCCAUCCGGUCCUGAUCCCUCCGUCAUGAAUCUGAUUUCAGCUCUGGAGUCCCGAGGUCCACAGCCCCCACCCUCUGCUUCCUCCCUUCUCUCUCAGUUUCGCACUCCCUCUUGGCAGACUGCAAUGCAUACCCCGGCCCCAGCGGAGCUUUUUAUUUCAGGGGCACUUCCAGGUUCCACCUCCUUUCCCUCCUCCUCAGCCCUUUCUGCAUACCAGCAUCCUGGCUCCUUCUCUGGACGAUCUUUCACUCCCUCACUAUCCCUGCAGGACACGCCCACAUUUAGCCCAACGUCUAAUGGUUUACUAUCCCCCCAUGACCCCCUGCUGCACAUCAAAACACCCUCUCAAUCCAGUUUAGGCUUUGAUCGCUUGCUGUCUUCCCAGAGUGCCACCUACCGAAGCUCCCAGGAGCCCCCGGCCCCUCCUCAGACCCAAGUCCCUUCCACAUCCUCCAGUUGCCACCUGCCCCCUCCCCAGUUCAAUCUGUUGUCCUCCCAGCUCCAUAACCAGUCCUCUCAGCUCUAUAAUGCCUCCAUGUUCUCUUCCACACCAGCCCUUCGACCCACGGCAGCCCCUCUGGCCCCGCCGCCCCAGCCUCCUCCAGAGAGAGCAGUUUCCCGUCAGGACAGCGUGAUUAAGCAUUACCAACGUUCGUCUCCAGCACGGUCCACAACACUCCCUCUGCAGCAGUAUGUCAGCUGUGGUGGGUCAUCGGGCUACCAACAGGUAGCAAGCCACCACCGGCAUUCCGGAGUGUCCUGCAGUCCCCUGGGGGAGCAGAGCCCAUCCUCUGACCCCAAGCCCUCACCACGGAUGGAGUCCAAAACAUAUCGACCAAUCAUCCAACCUCCCUCCACCUCUUCUUCAUCUGGCACUAAAGGAGCCAAGAGUUCCAGCUCCAGCAGUGGCUAUUCCUCCUCUGGCUCAGCAUCAUCAUCUUCCCGUACCCCACACACUCCACCAUCAGCCUCCUCUUCAUCCUCUUCUAGCUCUACAAGCACUGGCUCCUUGUCUGCUCCCUCUCGUCAGCAGCCCCCACCUCAGUCAGCACCGGCACCACCUCCUCUACCAGUGGUGUCAUCCACCCUUGUUCAACAGCCAGCACCCAAACAAUGUCUCUCCACCUAUGGCUCUCCAUCUGUGGCCAAAUCUAACACAGGCCUACCAGACCAGACUCCUCCCCAGCAUCAUACUCAGUCCUGUUCUCCCAGUCAGCCUCCACCUACACACAUGGCCCAGUCUUAUGGAGGCUUCAACUCACCUCAUGCCCAGGACCUGAACUCUGGAGCAGGGAGCACUGGAGGGAAGGCCUUUACUGGUAUAGGCUCAGGGGGGCGCUCAUUUUCUGCAGAGAUAGUCUUUGGGGACUCAAGCUUUGGCUCAGCUGCUCUCAGAAGAGCAGGCAGUCCUUCCAUAGGGUAUGGGGGUGCUGGAGGAUCAACAGGAAGUGUACCCAUAUCAGGAGCUGCUGUGCUUGGAGUUGGAUCUGCAGGAUCAGGGAGUGGGGCUGCUGCAGUUGGUAAUGGAGGUAGCAACUCUUACCACAUGCCUGAGUCUAGUCCAUCACCCUCUAUCAAUUCUACUAUCAGUCACCCUGGAUUGCAUUCUCCUGCUUCUGCUCGACCUACACAUUCCCCUGGAGGCUCAGGGGCAACCAAAUACUUGUCCUCUAUCCUCUCUCCUGCUUAUAUGUCCUCACCACAAGGUUUCCCUGAUGCACAGCAAGCACAGAGUCAAUACCACUCAACACCACCCAAGCUAAAAACAGAGACCAACAUGCUUGGAGUAGAGCGAUCCCAAGAUGAGGAAGAGGAUGAUGAUGAUUUCCUCAUCCACCACUUGCUACAUGCCCAGAGCUCAACUGCCCAUCCAUCACAACAUCACCCACCUCCUCAGCAACUACCCCAAUCACUGCCACAGGCCAGGGAUGGGGAAGGUAAGGGACUGACCUAUGAAAUUAACAAGAUCUCAGAAGAGCGCUAUCACCUUCAGAGUGUCAUUCGUACCAAUAGCACCACCAGCAGUUCAGAUGCUGGAACGGCAAUUGGUGACACAGCAACUGGCUUAAACAGUCAGUUGGACAUAUCACAGAAGAAACAGCAGCAGACCAAGUCAGAGUUGACCAUAUCAAAGUCCACUGCUGGAGGGGUUGGAGGGAUCACUGACUCUUUUCCCCACUCCCAUACUACCCACUCCCACCAACAACAGCAUGAUUCCCUGGGCUCUGUGGUACAUUAUGGAAGAGGGGACCACUACACACAACAUCCACACUCCCAACAUUCCCAUCACACCUCACAUGUGUCCUCACACUCUCAGCAACACUCUCAGCACUCUCGGCACACUCAACACACACAGCACCCUCAACAUUCUCAGCAUAGCCAACCCCAUUCCCACUCACACAGUCACCCUCACAUGGAGCUGAAGAAGCCUUCUGAUGCAAAUGACAAUGCCUACUUGUGUAACACACCAGAUGUGCAGCAGGCUCGACAAACAGUCCCCCUCUCUCUGAUGGAUUCGCCACCAGACCCUCCUCAGCAAACUCACAUGCUGCAGUCUGUCCUUUCACAUACCACCCGCACCAAGAUGGAUGGCCAGCAAGCCCCAUCACAGCAACAGCAGCAGCAACAACAGCAUCCUUUGAACCAGCAGGCCAUGAUGGGUUCAGCUGGAGGAGCAGGUCCUGCCGGGGUGGAAUCCCACCCACAGAACCAGUCCUCACAGUUGCAACUCCAGCUUCAAACGCAGGGCAUAGAUACCCACUACAGCCUUGGAGGUCAGCCAAGAGAUCAAACCCGAGCAAGUCAGAACUCAGUAUCUCCACUAGACAUGCUAGAGCAAUCUCUUUCUCGAACAAACAACAGAGACAGUGGAGGAGCUCUGGACAGAACUGGGGUUGGGGUGGCUGUUACAGGAGGGGAGGGAGGUGGUGGAGACAGACAUAGACAGCAGCACAGACUUACGCCCCACCACCAUUCCCAACAAACAGCCUCAGGUCUCCACGACUUCCUCUCUGAACCAGAUUUGGGCUUGUCCACCCCAUCACACCUGCACCACCUCAACCAGCCCCAGGCCCAUGCCCACCACCAACAGCAACCACACACUCACCAUCAACUGUCACACUCUCAGUUAGCUCACCCACACUCCCACCAGAUGGCAGCAAAUAUGGGAACUCCCCAACAACAGCAACAGCCCCAACAAAGAGAGCCUGAAACCCAGCUGUCACACUCCCAGUUAGACCAGCUCAAACAGCACCAGUUUGACACAGUGAGCCCAGUGGGUAAAGUAGGACAAAAUCAAGCUCAGCAACCCCAGCGGUUUGCGCCUCUAACAUCCAUCUGCUUUCCAGACUCUCUUUUACAUGAUGAAGACCGCUCUUUCUUUCCUGAGAUGGAGGACAUGUUUUGUUCAACUGAUUACAAGUCAAGCUGUGCUGGGGAUUCUGCGUCAGGACAGGCUCAAGAAAGCCUCACCCAGGGUCACGGACAAGGGCAAGAGGGUAUGGAGGCAUUAAAAUCAAGAGGAGCCGGUGAGGGCUAUGAUAUGGUUGCCCAUCACAGUGAUCAGGGCUAUGGACAGUACUGCCAUAGCCUUCCAGGAACAGGUAAUGGUAAUCUGCACUUAGACCUUGACUCUAUGAAGACCCACGAGCUUCCCUCCACUGUGAAUACUGACCAGCUUGGCCUCAUCCAAUCCCAAACUCCCACUUUAGGAUUGAGUUCAGCAGUUCAAGGGGAUGGCUCAGUCAACAAGAUAAUGGGAGCUGUGGGAGUGGGUGGAAGUUCAAGCACUACGGGUUUGUCCUCACCUAUCUUCUGUUCCUCUCGACCCAAGAAACUGCUGAAGACCAGCUCAUUUCACUUGCUCAAACAGCGGCGUGAGCCACAACCUCAAACAAAGAAAAACUACGCGCAGGAGUAUGAAUUUGAGGAUGAUGAGGAUAAAGCUGAUGUGCCAGCUGAUAUUCGCCUCAACAAUCGCCGACUUCCUGACCUGCUGCCUGACUUGGUGUCUAGUUGUAGGAAAGCUGGUGGGGUAUCAGGAGUAAGUGGGCUCAGUCCACUGAUGGGUGAUAUGGACUUCUGCCACCCCUCCAGCUAUUCUUCCCUUGGACAACAGCCACAACACCCCCCCCACGAUGGCCCGAAGAAAAGAGGCAGGAAACCAACUAAACCAAAACGUGAAGGCCCUCCUCGUCCACGAGGAAGACCACGCAUACGUCCUCUUCCAGAGCCUCCUUACUGUAGGGGGCUGAUGGGAUCAGUGGCUGGAGAAAGUAGGAGGGGUCGUGGGCGGGGUCGAGGCCGAGGCAGGAGGGAGGAAGGCCUUGUGGAAAUGCAUCAAGAUUUGAACAAAUCCCAAAGCCUCCCAUAUCAUCAUCAACAGCAGCAUCAACAGCAACAAUUCAACCAAGAACAGCAUCUCCAACAGCAUCCACACCAACAUCACAGACAGCAGGCAGACCACCACCAAGCACCACAACAACAGCAACAGCAUCACCUACAUCAUCAGCAGCAGCAUGAUUCCUGUCCUCACCACCAACAGCAUCAUCAACAGCAGCAACAUCAACAGCAUCAUCAUCACCACCAACACCACCACCAACAACAACCAUCCCAGCAAGAUCCAAUCAGACCUAUCAAGAUCAAACUGCCCAUUCCCAUGCUUCCAUCAGAAUCCUUGUUGAGGACAGACUCACUGUCCAGUACCGAGCCAGGUCUUUCUGAUGGAUCAAUGGGGUCAGCACCAUCUCUGGGCCUGAGUCCUGGACCCAGCACCACCAUGGAUAUCAGCAGAAAUGAGUUAAACCAGACUCAAGACAAGAUGAUGAAGCAUCAGCAGAAAAUGGCAUGGAAGAAAGAAACUGACGAUCCACUGAAUCCUGAAGCCUGGGCUACGAUACAGAAACUCUCCAGUUCAGCUGAUGAGAAGGUUUUCGACUUUAAGCCUGGCUUCAUGGCCUCUUUUUUGGACUUCCUGAAGACAGGCAAAAAACAGUCAGGCCUCGAGCUUGGACAUGAUGGAGGUGCGCAGGAAGCUCUAAAUCCCUGUUCCUCUAUGAAAGGAGGGAUCAGGCCCUUAUCCCCGCCUCCUCCUCUUCUACCAUCAACUCCCCCACAGCAGACUACAGGAACAUUCAGUGAAGAAGGGCAGGGUGAGGGGCCGGGCCUGGCUCUCAGCAGCUGCUCGAGUCCCUGCAAGCCUCUUGAUGAAGAGCUAAAGAGGAACCUGGAGACACUGCCCUCCUUCUCCUCUGAUGAGGAGGACUCGGUCAGUAAGAAUCAGGACCUGCAGAAGAGCAUCUCAUCUGCAAUCUCUGCCCUCUAUGACACCCCACACUCAUUGGCUGCUGCGAUGGCUUCUGCCAUGGUCAAAGUCCCACCCACCCUGUCCCCGCCUACUCCACAGGAGCCACCACUCAGCCCCCCUCUCCCUGGAGAAGGGAAGAUUGUAGAUAACGAGGACAUGAUGAGAGAUUCGCAGAAACUACAUCAGGGGACCAUGGAAAAGCAGGAGGAGGAAGAAGAAGAAAGGAUGUCUGAAAUGCACAUUUUGGAGGUGCCUAAUGUUGAAGAUUCUCCAUCAGGACCUGUGUUUGCUCCAACGCUUCCAUCUCCAUCGCCAUCCAUCUCCCCCUCGCCACCCACCUACUCUUCACCAUCACCUCUCCCACCCCUGUGUCUCUCCGUACCCUCCCCACUGCAGAUUCAGCAGGAUGAGGAAGAGGCAAAUAUAACUUAUCCUAUUUCUGAGCAGCAGCAAUCCUCCCUCCAACCGGCUCCAACUGCAGGCACCUCCCCACCCCCCUCCACUUCCCCUCCCGCCAUGCCGUCCUCACCCCUCUCCAGCCUUCCCCUGGGCCAGUCCAUCCCUCCUCCGUCCACCACACCUCCCCCGUCAUCCUCUGAUCAGGACCAAGAACCUGAAGUUGGGCAGCCUUCACCCUCCUCUUCCUCACCUUCUUCAUCGUCCUCUCCACCACCAUCACCUCCAACCCCAGAAGAGGCCCCAGCAUCCCAGCGUCUUACCUCCCUCCACCUGGCAAAGAAACAGACUGAUGCUGCCAUAGCCGGUGAGAGUGAAGAGGAGGACAGUGAAAGUGGAGGUGAGGGAAUCUUUCGUGAACGAGAUGAGUUUGUGGUUCGAACUGAGGACAUCGGGACUCUAAAGAUGGCCUUGCAGACAGGCCGAGAGCCCCCACCCAUCUGGAGGGUGCAGAAAGCCUUGCUCCAGAAAUUCAGCCCAGAGAUUAAAGAUGGUCAAAGGCAGUUCUGUGCAACCAGUAAUUAUCUGGGUUACUUUGGUGAUGCUAAAAUGCGCUACCAGCGAUUGUAUGUGAAGUUCUUGGAGAACGUCAACAAAAAAGAUUAUGUCAGAGUGUGUUCUCGAAAACCAUGGCAUAGGGCUGGUCAAACUCUGAGGCGUCAGUCACUACCUAAACAGCUGCCCACUAUUCACAGUCAAACCCCACCUCGAGUAGAGAGAGAUGACAGAGACAAGGACAAACAGAAAGAGAGAGAGAUGAAGGACAGGGAGCAAAGAGAGAAGGAGAAACAGGAUAGGGAGCGGAAAGAAAGGGAAAGACAGGAGAGAGAACAAAAAGAGAGGGAGAUUCAGGAGAGGGAGUGGAAAGAGAGGGAGCAGAAAGAAAAGGAAAAAAAACAUAGGGAUCAAAGUGAAAGGGAGAGGCAGGAGAGAGAGCAAAAAGAGACGGAGAAACAAGAGAGGGAGAGAAGAGAUAAAGAGAGAGACAAGAGAGAAAAGGAGCAACAGGAGAGCGAGAGGAGAGAGAAGGAGCGAGAGCAGAAAGACAGAGAACGGAAGGAGAGGGAUAAAGAGAGAGCAAGGGAGCAGAAAGAAAAGGAUGGAAGAGAGAAGGAGAAAGAUAAGGACAAACAGAAGGAUGUGGACAAAGAGAAAAAGGACAGAGAGAUACGAGAGAGAGAUGGCACAGUGGAGUUUGCAAGGUUGAAGGAGGAUAAGAGAGGAGGAGUGAAGAAGAUGGAGUGUCAGUCCAGAACCAAGACUUCGAAGGACAAUGCAGGGCCUCCUCCCAAGAAGAGGAAGAAGUGGCUGAAGGAGGUGCUGUCCUCCUCCUCUGAGUCUGACUCUUCCCCACUCAGUGAUGACGAAGGUCUGUUACGGGGUGGAGCUAACAGUCGAGCCAUGAGGGAGAUGUUCAGGAGCUAUGUGGAGAUGCUGGUCAGCACAGCACUCGAUCCUGAUAUGAUCCAAGCACUGGAAGACACUGAUGAUGAGUUGUACCUCCCACCCAUGAGGAAAAUUGAUAGCCUGCUCUGUGAACAGAAGAAGAGGUUGUUGAGGAGAGUCAACAUGAGCGCUCAGCACCAGGAGGCUUUACAUAUAUUCCCCAAAAUGACAGCAGACCCGCUGGAAUCUGGAGCUGUCAAAGUUCACCUUGGUGGGGAGGGUUACAAUCGCAAAACCCUCAACUGGGUCAAGAGGAGUAUUCCUAAGCAACAGGAUUUGAAGCUCUCAAUUGAAACUUGCCGGAUCUACAGUCUGUAUCAUUCCCUUCACCACUACAAGUAUCACACCUUCCUGCAUUGUAAAAAGGAGACGGACAGUAUUGAGCAGGCAGCAGAGGACCCUGGCCAAGAGGAAGUAGUGCAACAGUGCAUGGCAAACCAGGGCUGGCUGGAGAGCCUCUUUAACUCCUUCAUGGAACUGCUUAGCCUCAGUGCCAAGGCCUGAAGGAUGACCACGGCCCCAGUCACCAAACUCACAAAUCCACCUGUCGUGUUAAGUAGGUGGAGUCAUCCAGAGUUUGUGACACAAGAGAGUCACUCUACAGACACUGUACGGAUGCUAGUAGUGUGUUGACCUACCGUUGGUAUUUUCAUGGGAGGUUUAACUUUUAAAGUAUUUGAUUUUUAAUUAAGUCCAUUUUAAAGCAACUCUUGAUUUCAAGAAAGCUAUUGAAAGAUAGAGGGUACUGAACUAUGUGAAUGUGAUGGAUUUUCCUCCAAAUUCAAAAAAAGGGAGGAACCACAAGAUGAUUUGGUCAACACUACAAAAGAGAUUUUUGUCAAAGCCUACUGAAUAUUGACAGACACAGACACAAGCUGUCUCUAAGUAUGUUUUGACAACCAUGGUUUGCAUAAUUUAUAGGCCUACUAGGACAUUUGCAAAAAAAGACUGUCCUGGUCUUCAAAGGGAUUGUUUGUUGUUAUCAUUUUUGGAAAAUGUUUUAAGGGGGUGUACAUAAAAUGGCCCACCUACAAUUUUUUGCUUCUAUCAGACAAACGGAGGUAAAACUAGAGCUGGGUGCGACGUAAGUAAAAGGACUAUAAUCUCUUGUUUCUACCUGCCUCAGUUAGAAAGCAGUUACGAUUGAGAAGAAACGUAUUUAAAACUAAGCUGUGUUAUUUCUGUUUGUGUCAAAAACAAUGAGAGGAUUUAAUGCCUGGAAAGAUGAGGAAAGAAAAAAAUAAAGCACGACUUUCUUUAAGGAAGUGUAAGUUGAAAUGAUCCAAAAGCAUAAAUGUCAGUGUUUAAUGUCAGUCAUUUUUAUCUGUUUGUUGUUGAUGGAUAUUUCCUAUUAUUUGACCUCUCAGAGGAUAUUCUUGCAGAGCAAUUUUUUUGUUUUGAUGUGUAAAUAUUGUACAGCUAUUUCAUU